AUGACGCCCAUUCACAGCGGGAUCUAUGAAGAAGAGGUAAUCACAGAAGAAGAAAAGGAAGGUUUCGACUGGAACAACCCAAGAAGCUCGAAGUUCUCGCGCAGAAAGAAGGGCCAAAUGGGAGAAAGAGCGAAGAGGAGGGCCUUGAGCAAGAGCUUGUCGGAGCUUGAGUUCGAGGAGCUAAAAGGGUUCAUGGAUCUGGGGUUCGUCUUCUCGGAGGAAGACAGAGUUGACUCGAGCCUGGUGUCCAUCAUUCCUGGGCUACAGAGACUGGGCAAGAAAAUCAAAGAUGGCGAUGAAGACGACGAAGAUGGCGAUCAUCAUCGAGAAGAUGGUGAUGAGAAAGAGAUUGUUGGCGAGCCUUCAGUUGUCGCGAGGCCUUAUCUGUCGGAGGCGUGGGAAUGGUGGGAGGAGAAGAGGAAGGAGGAUCCAUUGAUGAACUGGAAGUUUCCUGCUCUUGGGAACGAGACCGACAUGAGAGAAAGUCUCAAAUGGUGGGCUCACACCGUUGCUUCAACUGUUGUUAGAUGA